GAUGCGAUAACCAUGUACCGACUAAUACGAAGAUACUCCACAAAUGUUCAUAGUAUCAAAAGUGCCAUGAUCCUGAAGGAUUUUAAAGUAGCUGCUGAGUUGGUGACUAAAUCGGUCCUUUCAACCACCGAGUGUACCUCUUUACUCAAACAAUGCAGAGACACCAACGACUCAGCAGUUGCAAGCAUAGCUUUAGAACUCGGAAAGAGAUCCUUCAAGAAGAACCACCAGAAUACUUACUUCAUGUUGAUGUCCUUUAUAAACUGCAAUGAUCUCGGUACGCUUCGUAACUUGAAGCAAUUUUGGGAUAAAAGUGUACGAGGUAACUGGAAAAUUGAGUCUUCGCCUAUCAAAGCUUUGUACUACUCCAUAUUUGUACACACAUAUUCCAAUUUGAACCAGCCAGUGUUGGCUUUGGAGUGGUAUGUUCGGACCUUUUUAUCUAUUUCAAAGACCAACGAGAUUGCUUCCAGCAGACUACCUACAGUCAAGCUUCUUUGUCUAUUACUUGAUGUAAGAGACUGCGAUGGUGUUAGCCAAGUAUUGAAUAUGGUACACGAAGAAGAAACAAAAAAGCACACCAACUCGACACAAACUAGUGUUGUAACCAAAGCAACAUGGCUCAAUUGCUUGUCUAUGGCAGCUGAGGAAAACAAUUACGAAUUGAUGAGAACCAUUUACGACUUAUACUUAAUGAAAGACUUCAAAAAUGAAGGCAUAAGUGAUACUGACAUCCUAUUCCGGUCCGGUUUAUCUGAAUAUUUGGAGAACAAGGGUGUCACCAAACAGCUGGUUGAUAUUAUUUUGGGAAUAUUAGCUUCGAAUGGUGAUAUCGAGAGAACUUUAGAGUUAAUCGAAUUUUACCAUACUCACCUGGUGUUCAAGGGAGAAUCUGCUUCUCCCGGUGAACUGUUCAUUUUUGCCUUAGAGGCAUUUUGCAUGGAGACAGGUCCCAGUGAUUGGGAGGAUGCUCCAAAGGAUUAUGAGAAUUAUCAUGAUACAAGUGUGGAGAAGAUCUUGGAUCUUAUUGGAAUCUACACUGCCAGAUCUGUUGAUAGCAAACUUGACUACAAGGAUAUAUCUAAUUUCAUGUCCAACAAGUUCACUCACUUCAAAGCAUACGAUCACCAUAUCGAAGCCAAACUACAACAAAAAGAGAGUUUUAGGCUUCAUAAAGAGCUUGAACUUGUGCAGCACCCCAGUGUGCAGACUUCGCCAUUUGGAAACAUUAUGGCCAACAUGAAUAUCCUCAAGUCAUUUGUGAGUUCCCACGUCAAGUUCGUUCAAUCUCGUGAAUAUCCAGCAGAAACCGUGACUUUGUUCAUAAACUGCGUGUUGAAUCACAUCAACGUCACUCUGAACUUCUCAGGUAUUAUUCAAGCCUUGAUUGAAUUGCAAAAUUUGAAUGCAAAUUUCAGUGAAUGGCUAGACCAGGACCUGUACGAUAUUAUUUUGAACAGCUUAGCACAAUCAGGCUUAAAAAUGGUCUCCUUGCAUUUAUUCAAGUACUUGAGAUCCCGUACCAAAUUGACCCAUGAACACUAUGCGUGUUUCAUUUCUAGCAUUUUAAGGGGUGAUUUCCAUUCCCAACUUCAUUACUACAUGUAUUAUUACUCCAAGGACUAUGAUGGACAUAUCGGUCCCAAAACCAAGCAUCUAUUAGAAAGUCUCCCAGCGACUGUGACGAAAGAAAACAGUGAUACUGAGCGAAUAAUCAUGAACUUGGACAAUCUAUACUUCACUAUACCCGAACCAGAUGAUCCCAAGACCACAAAGUCCCUGCUCCCGGGAUUUAACAGAACCUACCAUUUCGAGUAUGACUCAAGGGACUUAUCGUACAUUUCGUAUUUAUUUAAGUAGAGUAAUUCUUACGCUAUAGAGGCUUGUGUUCAAAAGUUCAAACCCUCGAGAAUGGCUUGUUUUGCUUCUUUAUCGAAAAAAUCUUUCCCGGUGUUCUCAGCCAUGAACGAGUUGGAGAAACUCGAUGAGAAACUCGAGUUGAAAGUAGAUCCCAACAUUGUAGAAUCCACUGCCAUUCUCAUAAUAUUGUCAGCAUGACAUGCGAGAUGGUCGUAGUCCGAAUCUUCUUGGUCAUUUGUGAAACUCUCAUCCUUGAACUUAUUAUCGUUGUGAAACCAUAACAGCAGGCUCAUUGGAGGUUGAGGCUUUGUCAUAUUCACUAAAGAAGCCAGGUCCAUCUUUAACAAUUUUUGUUUGAGAUUCAUGGAACUCUUUCUUUUGGAAACAGGAGUAGAGACUAUCUUACCCUUUCCAGAAGGAGAAAAGAAUAUGGUUUUGUUGGUAAUGGGGGUGGUUCUUCCAACCUCUUGUCUCUUUGAGAUGGUGAUGGAAUUGGUCUUGAUUGGAGGAGGAACUGGUUUUAUGUUCUGUGAGUUUUGGAUAUAUCUUUCAAUUUUAGCCCUACUGAAUUGUAAAAGGUCCAGCAAAGGAUUCUCGAAAUCAGAACCGUCCUUUGAACUAAGGACAUUGUUCAAAGGUAUGUUACUCCUAAUAGGAUGUGAAAUCGGUACUGUUCUUUCUAGUCUCAAAGAGUGGCUGAGAAGCAAGUCUUUGGGAAUCUGAGGAUUGGCUUCGACAGUGCUGUCAUACACAGGGAAAGUAUAUUGGGAAGAAGUCAAGUAGCCGGUAACUGAGGCCGACAUGGUAUAUGUAUGGGUCGUCUAUGAUGCAAAUGAAUGAAGAACGAAGUAAAAAUAAUACCACGUCAACGAAGAAAAAUCCUUAGUUUUUGAAAGUAGGCUGCCAAGUACUUCUUUAUAAGGAUCUUAUAGCUGC